AUGGUCAGCGAUAUGGCAGAGCAACAUUCAAUCAAUGAGGUCGUUGCAAGCCAAGUGCGCAGCAACUCUACCCCAGAGCCAUCGCUUCGGCAAAGUCCUUUUGCAAGUACAGAAGAAGCCACCUCUCGUCUAGAGCUGGAAGAAGAUGAAGCGCAGGUCGAGCGUAUUGAUCGUCCUGCGACGCCGGCUUCUGCGACAGACGCUGUAGAUGCCGAUGAGCAUCAAUCUCCGGUCCCAAGUACCAACUUUUCUGAAGCAGCUACGUUGCUCACCAGAGAUUCCCACUACACAGCAAAUACUGGUGGGAGAGCUGAACAAUCAUGGCGUGGAGGCAUCGCCAAUAUCUGGAAUCCACCCAGUACCUUCUUGUCCAAUGACCCUUCUGAAUCAGGUUCGUCUGUGGUUGGUGAGGAAAGCACUACUUCUUCAUUAAGGGACGUUCCCCAGGUGGAAACUCCUCCCAUCGAAAUAUCUGCCGCGCCUGUCACAGGACCUGAUGAGCCUCGAUCAUUCUUCGACAGUGAUUCGGAGAGCGAUGGGGAAACAAUCCUCCGUACCGCAAGUCGAGCCAGCAGCCUUCGUGGUCAGCGUCCAAAACUCGUUGAGCACAACUCGUCCAAUGUGAGCCUCGGUAGAACAAGGUUCUACCAGUCUGCUCGACUUGCCCCCCCUCGCAAUCCGGGUCCGUCUCACAGCAAAGCAGAGCAGAUUUUAGGCAUCAAGCUUAAGAAUUUGCUUGACUUGACACCCGUAGGAGAAAGCUCGAAUCCACUUGCUUCAGCCAAUACUGCCACCUUGAACGCUCUAACGGCGAAUGCAGUGGCAAAGGCAUCUACUACAGCUCUUGCACCGUCGACUCCGGCAACGCCCGCCUCGUUUGAUUCUUCAUCGGUGAGGGAAGUUCCCAAUACUCCCACAAGGGUUGAAGCCCUCGAUACUCUACCUUCGCCUUGGGGUGGUUUUGGCACUCUGCGUCUGUCUGGGCAAAAUGCUGAUCGUGUGGGAGCGUCUCCCUUGGAUGCUCUUCGAUCUAACCCUGUCACACGAAUUGACACAGUCGGGCUACAUCGAUCCACCUCAGCCCCUCCACUGCCCUACCGCAGAAACAGGAAGGUCACCAUCCGUCCCGUAGAUAUGGAAAUCAUUCAAACGGCCCAUCAAAAGAAGUUCUUCAGGGAUUCUGUGGUCAGUACGCCGUAUCCGACACGUCAGCAAAGCAUCGCCAUUGCAGAUGUCGUCCGAACGCCCACUAUUCCGAGGAAGGGCAGUAACACGCUGGCGCCGAAAACAGAAAAAGACUCUAUUCAGUCACCCACUGUCGCUCAGGUAUCGCCUCCAGAAAUUCUGAUCCUUGAAUUGUCCCUCACAAGACAACCACUCUCGACCAAGAUGAUCACCAUCCCAAUCUACGACCGUAGCACCUUUGACGACUGCGCUCUCUUCUCCAGCCUCCGAAACAGCUAUAACCACACCAUACUUGGCUUCACUCUGCGCUUCCUCACCGCAAGAACUCUCUCAUACACCACUUUCAUCUUUCCAUCCUCACCUAGCACCACAGGACCAGCCAUCCCCUUCGACGCAGCCGACUUCCUUAAACACCUUAAACACCCCAAAUCCGGCCACAGACGAAAGACCUGGCUCCAAUGGCUACGCAAACAUCAACCACGCUCCAUCGCCAACAACAACAACCCGGGCCCGUCAUCGCGAGAUCUAACAGCUCGCUCAGGCAGUAUCGUCACCGCAGCCUCACCAGCGACCUAUUUCUCCUCGGAAGGUAUACCGCGAACACCCGCUUUCAUUGAUCCACGGUCCCCUCCUCCUCAUCCUCCUCCUCCUCCACCACCACCACCACACUCAAACCCCAUCUCCCCUUCAAACGCCAACGCCAAUGCGAACCCCAACUCCUCACUCCUCUCUGCCCCCUCCUUCACAUCGUCUUCUCAGCCCGUCGUUACGACAAAUCCCGUGAUAAUCCUCCACCACUCCUUCUCCCUCCCGCGCAUCGCAGCCGCCAUCUCCCUCGUCCUGGCCCUAACCGCCCUCACAACGAUUCUGUGGGUGUUGUUCGGGACGCCGGGCGUUAGCGCCGCAGACUCCCACGCGAGGGAGCUGCUGAGGGAUGGCAAUGGGAGUGGGAUGGGGAGUGGAGUUCCGAAUGGAGGUGCGGCUGGGACGGGGAGUGGUAUAGGACUGGACAGUGGGAGUACGGGUGGAAGUGGAGGUGUUAGUGCUCUGACAGGCCAGGCCACGAAUUGGGAUUGGAGAGUCAGUGCGCAGACGCGGGUUCUCACGGGGCUGGUGAUGGGUGUCUUGGUGUUUUUGAUGGGAACGACGGGGGUGUUGGGCUGGGUUGGGGGUAGCUGGGCUGCGCUCUGA